AUGGUUAUUCCUAUGAUAUACAUUAUGGUUAAAAACAUCAGCCAAUUCAAACCUACACAAGAAUUAGGCAUUCAGUUGAAAAAAGAAAUCUUAUUUCACUGUGAGAAGCGUUUUGGUUCAGUUGAAAGUGUUGCACUUUUAAGCAUAGCAACAGUUUUAGAUCCACGUUUUAAAAAGAUUUAUUUUAAAGAUCCAUUGGCACUCUCUAAGACGUUAAAAUAUAUUUCUGACGAGAUAAAACAAAACCAAGAUCAAAGUGACAGUGAUACAAUAACAGGUAUGGAAACUUCAAGAAAUUAA